CCAUGGCAACUACACGCUACAUCCAUCUUCCACUUCAGUGCAAUCGCCAGCGGAUACGAGUGCCCGCGUUGACCUGCAUGUCUGUCACGCUCGAAGCCAUGAGAUUUCUUCGCCCAACAUGAGGAAAACGCUAUUGCUAGUCUUCAUCCACGGCUUCAAGGGGACCGAUCAAACCUUUCAUAAUUUCCCCAAAGACCUGCGAGCGCUUCUCUCACACACUCUCCCCAAGGUCCGCAUCCUGAGCAUCAUAUAUCCGCAAUACGAGACUCGUGGAGACCUGAAGACCUGCGUGGCCAGAUUCAAGGAAUGGCUCCAGGACAAGGUCAUCGAUCUCGAGGUGGCCAGUGGAACCCCAUCGCCCACGGUAGAUCCCUCGGUGCACGUGAUCCUGUGUGGACAUUCCAUGGGCGGCAUCGUGGCGGCCGAGACGUUGAUCAGCAUCGCCCGCGACGAGCCGGUGCCGACCGCGCGACAUGCCAACGACACGACGAACUCCACGACGACCGAGGCGGGACCACCGUCGGGGAGCAAGCCUGUGGAUCUGCCCGUGCCGGGGCAACCCGAACGCGCCAGUUCGGCGCCACCGGCGAGUGAACCGACCACGCUCUUUUUCCCGUACAUCCAAGCCGUCCUCGCCUUCGAUACACCAUAUCUCGGCAUCAGUCCCGGGGUGUUGGCACACGGCGCCGAGGUUCAACUCGGCCACGCAACCACCGCUUACAAGGCGUACGAUUCGGCGAGUCGACUUUUCGGAUGGGGGUCGUCACGCAGCGGCGCCGCCGCCGCUGCCGCCGCAGCUGCUCCCAGCGCCUCGACGGGGAGCGCAGCCACCUUUCCAGACGUAUACGGGUGGCAGAAAUGGGGCUCAUAUGCCAUGUACGGCGGGGCCGCGGCCGCCAUCGCAGGGAUCGCAGGGGCCGCCUAUCUCAACUGGAACCAGAUCAACCAGGGGUUCGAAUGGGCGGGCAGCCAUCUGGAGUUCGUCGGGUGUCUGGCCCGGGGGGCCGAGCUCAAGAAGCGCGUCGAGACGGUCGUGGAUCUGACCCGGACGCGGCCCGUCGGCUUCGCGAACUUCUACGGCGCGCUCGGGGCCAAAGCCACCGGCCAGACCAAAUACGCCGGCGCGGUGCUCGGCGCCGACCGCACGUUCUGCGUGAUCCCGCGGGACGCCGCCGACGCGACAGGAGGAGGAGCGGGAGGGGGGAGUCCCACCGGCUCGAAGAGGAGCGCGUCCGGGACCGGCACGACGGACCCUCCCCCGCCACCGACCAAACGCCGGCGGCGACCCGCGACGAGCGACGACCCCCGCAUCAACGCCCAGAUGGCGGAGGGCGACAAGGUGCAGGACUUCGCCGAGGACGCGAGCCAGCCCAAGGGCCACUGGGUGCGCUGCGUGAACGACCAGGCGGCGGACGAGAUCGGCGCGCACCAGGCCAUGUUCGCGCCGGGCGCCAACCCGGGUUACUUCGACAUGCUGGCGCGCGCGAGGGACCAGGUCGCGGGGUGGGUCGAGGGCCCGUGGUACGAGGAGUCGGAGCGGAAGGUCGCCACCGGGUCGGACGGCGCGGGCGAUGACCAGGAGGGACGAUCGGGUCCGCAGUUCGACGUGCCGUUUGAUCUGGAUUAAAAUGUGCGAUCGUCUAUCGUCCCCGGACGGAACGUGUGUGUGAUGAUGAUGAUGAUGAUAAUGAUGAUUUGAUGAUACCCCUAGGACUAUGUACUCGGCCAUACGUCGUCUAUCCCGUCUCCCCUUCGAACGAUCCCGUGACGGAUGUGAGACCCUCUACUGCAAAUAAUAACAUGAUUUUCUCUCUUCUCGAGUCGACGAGGAUGACGACGAAACCGUUGAC